CUUUCCACGGACGCGCCCGGCCAGUGUUAUUUUAAAAAUAAAACAGAAAAUUUUCGGCCAGCACUCGCUCCGCGCUCGACGGAGGUCGAAAACUUUUUUUUUCGCGUGGAGUGUUAUUUUUUUUUACGCCAGUGCUCCCUAAGGAUAAUGUUUAAAAAUAAACGCGUACGUGUGCCCCGGUGACACGGCCGAAUAGAUUUCGCGGUUUUUCUGUGGUGCUACAAUUUUGGAUUACUUUGACGCUCGGCGAAGAUGACGGAGCCGGGGGCGGUGACCCCGGACACGGAGGCGCCGGACACCGGGCAGGUGGUGCUGCCGGUGAAGAAGAAGCCCCGGGGGAAACCCCAGGUGGAGCGGCCCAAGCAGGUCCUGCUGUGCCUCUCCCUGGAAAACCCCCUGAGGAAGCUCUGCAUCAACAUUGUGGAGUGGAAACCGUUCGAGUACAUGAUCCUGACGACGAUAUUCGCCAACUGCAUCGCGCUCGCCAUCUUUACGCCCUACCCCGCCUCCGACACCAACCACACUAACCAAGUUUUAGACAAAGUGGAGUGGAUCUUCAUGGCGAUAUUCACGGGGGAGUGCGUGAUGAAGAUCAUCGCGUACGGCUUCCUGUUCCACCCGGGCGCCUACCUGCGGAACACCUGGAACAGUCUCGAUUUCACCAUCGUCACCAUCGGUGUAAUGAGUCAGCUCCUGCAGUUGAUAUCGAAGGACCUGUUUGACGUGAAGGCUCUGAGGGCUUUUCGUGUACUUCGGCCCUUGAGGCUUGUGUCUGGAGUUCCAAGUCUCCAGAUCGUGCUGAACUCGAUCCUCAAGGCGAUGGUGCCGCUGUUCCACAUCGCGUUCCUGGUGCUGUUCGUCAUCAUCAUCUACGCCAUCAUCGGUCUGGAGUUAUUCUCGGGCGUGCUGCAUCAGACCUGCUACGAUAAGAGUACUGGCCUUCCAAUGGAUGACCCGAAGCCGUGCAGCAAGGAAGCAGACGUCGGGUACCAGUGCGAUGUAGAUCAGAUCUGCAAGGGGCCGUGGGAUGGGCCAAACGAUGGCAUCACCAAUUUUGACAACAUUGGCUACUCCAUGCUCACGGUCUUCCAAUGCAUCACGCUCGAGGGCUGGACUGACAUCAUGUAUGCUAUUUCCGAUGUAAAAGGCAAUACCUGGGUCUGGAUCUACUUCGUCACGCUGGUCAUCUUUGGAAACUUCUUCGUCAUGAACCUUAUUCUUGGUGUAUUGUCUGGAGAGUUUUCAAAGGAGAGAGAAAAAGCGAAAAAUCGAGGAGACUUCCAGAAGACGAGGGAGAGGCAACAAUUUGAAGAAGACAUGAAAGGGUAUCUGGACUGGAUAACUGUAGCGGAAGAAUUAGAUCUGGAGAACGAUCCAGCGCAGAAGCAAGAAACAAAUGACAAUCAGGGGAAGAAAAAAGAACGAGAGAACGGUGACAACCAACGCAAUGACGAAAAUGGAGACAGAGAACCUUCGCAGACAGCCUGCAAAAUAUACUGCAAGCGAUUUGUUAAGGUGAAUCGGCGCAUGCGCAGGGCGUGCCGCAAGGCAGUAAAGACGCAAGCGUUCUACUGGACCAUCAUUGUACUUGUAUUCCUGAACACGCUAGUCCUAGCCACAGAACAUCACCAACAAGAGGAAUGGUUGGACGAUUUCCAGAACUACGCAAACUACUUGUUCGUGGUACUGUUUACUAUUGAAAUGGUCGUCAAAAUGUACGCUCUGGGAUUUCAGGGUUACUUCGUGUCCCUGUUCAAUCGGUUCGACUGCUUCGUCAUGGUGUGUUCGAUAGUGGAGCUGGCGCUGACACAGACAGACACCAUCCCACAACUUGGUAUAUCUGUGCUUCGUUGUGUACGACUCCUCAGAGUGUUCAAAGUCACUAAAUAUUGGCGAUCUCUCUCCAACCUCGUGGCUUCUCUCCUCAACUCUAUCCAAUCUAUCUUCUCCCUUCUUCUGUUGCUUUUCUUGUUUAUUAUGAUAUUUGCACUCCUGGGAAUGCAAGUGUUCGGAGGCAAAUUUGAUUUUGCACCAGAAGAGCCAAAAGAACGACACAAUUUCGACUCCUUCUGGCAAGCAGUACUAACGAUGUUUCAGAUCCUGACGGGCGAGGACUGGAACGUGGUUAUGUACAACGGCAUCAAUGCGUACGGUGGCGUGGGCACGCCCGGGAUGCUCGCCUCCAUCUAUUUCAUCAUCAUCUUCAUUUGCGGCAACUAUAUUUUACUGAACGUGUUCUUGGCUAUCGCCGUAGACAAUUUAGGUGAUGCAGAGGAGAUGGAUGCACAAGAAAUUAUCAAAGAGCAGGAAGACGCCGAAAAAGCAGCAGAAGCAGGCAAUCCAAAGCUUGAUGAAGAAGGCGAGGGAGAGGAUGAAUACGGAAACGAAGAAGAAUAUUCUAAUGACGACAAAAAAUAUAAGGCAUACAAGAGGGUGGCAGGGUCAGACAAGGAAUACGAAGAGACAGGUUCGGAGUUAGAGGCAGAAGAAAACGAACAGGAUGACACAGAUGAUGCCAAAAAUGCUUUGGUUGCUGCAAAUAAGAAACAGAACGGUAACGGUGACGUUAAUAAAUACGAAACAUCGGAUGGUCUGAAGAGGCAAGCCACUAUAUCCGCCAGACCGAGACGACUCUCAGAAAUUGAAGUAAAAACUCAAGAGAAACCAAUCCCCGAUGCCAGCAGUUUCUUCAUAUUUUCGAAAACAAAUCCGUUCAGAGUAAUGUGCUACAACAUUCAAAACCACUCGUGGUUUAAAAAUAUGAUUCUGCUUUGUAUUCUUGCGUCUUCUUUGAUGUUAGCAAUGGAAGACCCUGUAGGUAGUAAGGAAACAGAAAUGAGAAGUGAGAUUCUGCGCAAAGUGGACUACUUCUUUACGGCAGUAUUCACUUUGGAACUGCUGCUGAAGUUGAUCACGUAUGGAUUCAUUUUCCACAAGGACGCGUUCUGUCGAUCGGCUUUCAAUUUGUUGGACUUCCUUGUCGUAAUAGUAUCGUUUAUUUCUCUAAGUGGAUCGAGCGUGUCCGUUAUAAAGAUUUUGAGAGUGUUUAGAGUGCUGAGGCCUUUGAGAGCUAUCAACCGAGCUAAAGGCUUGAAACACGUAGUUCAGUGCGUGAUAGUCGCUAUUAAAACUAUUGGCAACAUUUUGUUGGUGACACAUCUUCUACAGUUCAUGUUCGCUGUAAUGGGGGUGCAAAUGUUCAAGGGUAAAUUUUACAGCUGCACCGACAUUACAAAAGUAACUAAAUUAGAAUGUCAAGGUUCUUAUCUUGUGUAUAAGAAUAAUAAGCCCAUGAUAGAAAAUAGGGUGUGGAUAAGAAAUAAAUUCAACUUCGACGAUGUGCUCAAUGGAAUGCUAACACUUUUCACUGUUUCAACGUUUGAAGGAUGGCCAGGACUUUUAUCAACGUCUAUGGAUUCUAAUGAAGAAAAUCAUGGCCCUAUCGAAAACUCUCGCCCACUUGUUGCAUUCUUUUAUAUAAGUUAUAUUAUUGUUAUUGCAUUUUUCAUGGUAAACAUAUUCGUAGGUUUCGUUAUAGUUACAUUCCAGAAAGAGGGUGAACAGGAGUUUAAAGAUUGCGAACUGGACAAGAAUCAGAGAAACUGUAUAGAGUUCGCUCUUAAAGCUAAGCCUAUCAGAAGGUACAUUCCAAAACAUCGCAUUCAAUAUAAGACGUGGUGGUUUGUGACGUCACAGCGGUUCGAGUACAUCAUCUUCUUCUUCAUCGUGCUGAACACGGUCGCGCUCAUGAUGAAGUAUCAUAACGCUAACCCACUCUACAAAAAGGCUCUAGAUUACUUGAACAUGGUUCUGACGAUGGUAUUCAUGAUGGAGUUUGUGUUCAAAUUGGCUGCCUUUAGAUUUAAGAAUUAUUUUGGAGAUGCGUGGAAUACGACUGACUUUAUUUUGGUGGUUGGCAGUAUAAUUGAUAUAGUGGUAACGCAAGUAAAUGAGUACAGGCUGCCGUCUGAGCUUGGAACGACGGCCAAAAGCAAAGAGGGUACUCUUCUAAAAUACAUCACGUUCUUCCGUCUCUUCCGAGCUAUGAGAUUGAUAAAACUACUAUCGAGAGGAGAACGAAUACGAACAUUACUUUGGACAUUCAUAAAAUCGUUCCAAGCGCUGCCCUAUGUAGCACUGCUCAUUGUGCUGCUCUUCUUUAUUUACGCUGUCGUUGGAAUGCAGUUGUUCGGCAGAAUUGAACUUGAUGAUGAAAUUAUCACAAGAAAUAAUAACUUCCAAACUUUUGGAGGCGCUCUGAUGGUUCUGUUUAGGUCUGCUACAGGUGAGGCAUGGCAAGAAAUUAUGAUGGCUCUUUCCCCAAAUGAUGACACGCAUCCAGGAAUACCAGUGGGUUGUAUAAAGGCAGACAAUACGGACAACAGCACACAAGUCGAUGAAGUGUGCGGGACAAGACUAGCGUUUCCGUAUUUUAUAUCGUUCUCUCUACUUUGUACUUUCUUGAUUAUCAAUUUGUUUGUGGCUGUCAUCAUGGAUAACUUUGACUAUCUUACUCGGGAUUGGUCAAUUCUGGGACCGCAUCAUCUUGAUGAGUUUGUAAGGUUAUGGAGUGAAUACGAUCCAGAUGCCAAAGGAAGAAUCAAACAUUUGGAUGUGGUCAAUUUGUUGAGAAAAAUAAGUCCGCCUCUAGGUUUCGGUAAGCUCUGCCCCCACAGGACUGCCUGUAAAAGACUCGUCUCGAUGAACAUGCCUCUCAACUCUGAUGGUACUGUUAACUUCAACGCAACAUUAUUUGCCGUCGUCAGAACUCAGCUGCAGAUCAAAACAACAGGUUUCAUAGAUCAAUGCAACUUGGAAUUGAGGGAUAUAAUUAAAAAAGUAUGGAAGAGGACUUCACCGAAAUUAUUGGACCAAGUGGUACCCCCACCUGGUGAUCCAAACGAGAUCACCGUCGGAAAGUUCUACGCCACGUUCCUCAUUCAAGACUACUUUAGAAGGAACCACGCAUUCCGUAAGAAGAAAGAAGAAGAGGGAAAGAAGGUCGUGCAAACAACUUUACAAGCGGGCAUGCGGAAGAUGGUGGAUACUGGCCCAGAGCUGAAGAGGACCAUCUCCGGGAAUCUGGAUGAAGUGUCUCCGGAGACAGUCGAACCCAUGCAUAGACGAAACCACUCCCUGUUCGGCGCUGUUUGGACAAGCUUCAAGAAGGGCCGAGAUCCUCGUCCUCCGCCAAAGCCUAAGUCAACGGCUAGCAAAGACAGUCAGUCCCUGAGCUGGAUGAUGCAGAGAGAGCUGGGCAUGGACGGUAAAAUAAACGAGGAAGCCGGGAAAUACGAUCAAGGUGAUGACAAUGAUAUUGACGAAGAAAUCGCGAUGCAACCCCUACUGCACGGCAAGGACUCUGAAAGGAUAUUCAGAGUUAUAGAAAAAACUUCCAACGAUCUUAUGCAGAGUAUGAGAAACAACUAUCGUGACAAAAUGCCCCGUCGCAACAACGUGCCUUACUGUGUAGAAAAUCCAGCGGAGAAUCUGAUUACUCGAGUGCUGAUGGAGCAGGGUCUGGGCAAGUACUGUGACAAAGAGUUCGUGGAGAGCACCUCGCGGGAAAUGCAGGAGGCGCUCGACCUCACGCAGGAGGAGAUGGACACCGCCGCGAACCAGAUCAUCCUGCAGGACCGCAAGAUGACCGAGCAUCGGAACAUCACCGCCGACGUGCAACAGCUGCUGUCUCGCCAGUACCAUCCCUUCCACCACCCUCCCAUGCAGCCGCCGCGGAAGACAUAGCAUCCACUAGCUCAUCUUCUGGCCUAACUUCCGCCUAGGCGCUUGACAUCGCCUAGGCCAGCCCUACAGGUACCGUAGGGAUUGAAGAGUUUUUAGCUUUGUUUGCUGUUUUGAGGUGAUGACAUGCUAUGACAUGUAGUUUUUGAAUGACAUGACAUUGUCAUAAUUGACGUCAGAAUUGACGUUGUCGUGAUUACGACUUUAUUUUGUAUGACGUUGUUAUGAUUAUGACUUUUUUUUGUAUGACGUGGUCAUGAUUAUGAAAUUUAGAUUUUGUUUAACAUUGUCAAAAUUAUGGCAUGUAGCUUUUGUAUGAUGUUGUCAUGAUUAAGAUUUAUGACAUUUAGGUUUUGUAAGACAUGUUUUUUUUUCGUAACAUGUAGGUAACGGGCAAUAAAAAUGCAUCCGUCCUUUCGAAGGGGCUAGUCUGCUCUAUAAAUCUUUUGAUUUGUUCAAAAUUAUCACUCAAUUAUAAACUUAAAGUAUUUUGCUAAAGUUUUAAGAAGAUUUUGAUAGCCAUCAAUGAUACCACUUACAGUUUUUCUGCUUAUGUCAUACAAUUUUUAUAACCAUUCAGAUGAUCAUGGCAUUUUUUAGACAUAGCCCCUAAAUGGUAACAAACUUCCAAGCCACUCAAAAAGGUAAUAAGGGUAAUGUAACGAAUAGUGCUUUGUAAAAAUGUAUCGAGAGUUCUGAUGCUUGCUAUAUUUUGUAUUGUACAUAAUAUUUUGUGAAUAAAAA